UCAUUGCCGAAUUAGUCAACUAUAAUUUUCUAGGUUGACGUUUUGUUUGAUUUUAAUACAAAAGUCGAACAAAAUCGUAUACAUUCAUCUCUUCGUGGAAAGUAGAAUAUUUUAUUUCAAUCUCGACGAUAAUGGCGAAAAUUCAAUUAACCGAUGUUCGAGUUCUAGACAAUCCAAGCGCAUUCUUGAAUCCAUUUCAAUUCGAACUUACUUUUGAAUGUAUAGAGGAAUUGAAAGAAGAUUUGGAGUGGAAAAUGAUUUAUGUCGGAUCUGCAGAGACCGAAGAGCACGAUCAGGUUUUAGAUACCAUUUAUGUUGGACCUAUUCCAGAAGGUCGACAUAUGUUUGUGUUUCAAGCAGAUCCUCCAGAUGUUACUCGCAUUCCCGAAAAGGAUGCUGUGGGUGUCACAGUAGUACUUCUAACCUGUAGCUAUAGGAACCAAGAGUUUAUUCGAGUUGGGUAUUUCAUAAACAAUGACUAUAAUGAAAGUGAACAAGAACUCCGAGAGACACCACCUGCAAUUCCUCAAUAUGAUAAAAUAGUACGUAAUAUAUUAGAAACUCAACCUAGAGUAACUAGAUUCCAAAUUAAUUGGGAUGACAAUUCUACAAAUGGUUGUGAAAAUCCUAAUGCAUUUCCUGAAAGUGAUGUUUGUGACAAUAUCACUAUGGAUAGUUCAACUACAGAUGACACCUUACAAAUGAGUGCAAGCGUUGGAUUUAAUGAAAACUCUAACUCUAUUGCAGCAAUGGAGUGCUAGAAUAAUUAUUGGAUAAUUAGAUUUUAAUUACUUUUGAACUGAAUUUUAUCAGGAUUUUAAUACAAGUGGAUCUUGUGAAACAUAUUUAUAUAAGACUUAAUAACAAGAACUAAUUUAGAUGU